AUGACGACAUCAGGAAUGUGCUUCAUCAGGAGAUCUUUCACCAAGGCUCUUUUAGGCCGAGCAUUGAGGCCUCUAACAUUUCAGAUCGCCAUCGCAUACCACCCCCAGAUAAACGGAAAAGCCAAGGUUUCUAACAGAGAAAUCAAGUUGAUUUUAGAAAAGGUGGUGACUCCAUCAUGGAAGGACUGGGCCAUGAAGCUGGACGAUGUCUUGUGGGAAUAUAGAACUGCCUAUAAAACACCCAUAGGCAUGUCACCAUAUACGUUGGUGUUUGGGAAGGCUUGCCAUCUGCCAUUGGAAUUAGAGCAUAAGGUGCUGUGGAUAGUGAAAAAGCUUAACUUUGAUCUGAAGGUUGCAGGGGAGGAGAGAAAACUUCAGUUACUCAAGCUAGACGAAUGGAGACUACAGGCGUAUGAAAAUGGCAAAAUCUACAAAGAACGCAUGAAGCAUUGGCAUGACAAGUGA